AUGAGUGCUCGUGUACUAGUAUCGCAGGGAGCCGUGAUAAGAGGGGCGGCACGACCACUUACACACCCACGGACUGCGCCCAAAGCUCGACAAAACACCAUUAUAUAUCCCACCCGUCUCCUCUCUUCGCCUUAUCCUGCCAUCGCCAGGAAAUACGCUAGCACCAAUGCCGGCAAAAAUCCAUCAUCAUCAUCAUCAUCAUCAUCGGAUAAGCGUCCGCCAUCGUCAGAAGAUGAUUUCAAGAUCAAUUUCCGCGAUCUCGGUAUGAACCGUCUCACCAAGUUCGUGGUGUAUGCCGCGAUAUGCGUAGUCGGGACCAUGGAGACUAUAUUCUGGUGUAAAGCUAUCUGGCGAUGGUGGACUGGUGGAGAAGAGAGCGAGGAAUGA